UCGCCUGUACUUUGUUUACGUCCCUUUGGUUAGCUGACAGUUGUUGUAGCGCUUUACUCACACACACAACCCUGACUGCAUGGCUUUGCUGGUUGCCUCAAGCUUCAUAAACUUUAAACCGAGUGUCCUGGAUGUCCUGGAUGUGAUGUUUUGUUGAAUGAGGGGGACCCGCUAGAUGCCGACAGGAGGAUGAACUCCAUCACCGGUCGGGUUCUUGCCAUCCCCGCCGCCUCUGUCACCAGCUCUGGGGCUUCAUCCUCUCGAGCCUUACAUGUAGAGCUGACAUCCCAGCAGAGGCGAUUGCGUCAUCUCCGGAGCAUAGCGGCCCGGAACAUUGUGAACAAGAAUGGUUCCCCACUGCUGGACACUUACUUCACCCUGCAUCUCUGUAUAGGAGAGCGCAUCUCUAGAGAUUUUUACAAGAGUGAAGUCAUACGAGACUCGCUGAAUCCAACUUGGCGCAGCCUGGACUUUGGCAUGCUGCCGGACCUUCUGGACACCUCAGUGUCUUGCUUCGUGGUGCGGAUCUGGGGAGGACAAGAGGAACAGUUCCAACUCCUCAUAGAAUGGAAGGUCAAUCUGGAUGGCCUCAGAUACACAGGACAGCAGAUUCGAUCCAGGAAUCCAAAUGAGAUCAUAUUUGGAUUGAAUGAUGGCUACUAUGCAGCUGACUUUGAUCAUAAGGAUCAGUCGGAGCGGAAGAAAAACAGCCUGCUUCAGGUCGACCUGAGUUCAGUCCGGAACUCCUACAGCGUUUUCUCUUUACUCAGGCUUCACACAGCACAGAGAGCCAUCAAACAGACCCAAGUGACAGUGCAGAGGAUUGGGAAGGAGAUCGAGGAAAAGCUGAGGACGACGGCAACAUGCACAGAGCGGAAGAAGGAGCGAGAGUGCAUGCAGCUGCGUAUCGCUGUGCUGCGGAGCGAGCUGCAGCGACAGAGGAAGGCGCUUGGCAGGGAGAUGGAACUUCGGCAGAAAGAGAGUGCACGGCUUCAGAAGAAAG